AUGAGCAUUGCCAGUACCAGUCAGCCUCUGUCUACCGCUGAGAAUGACCAGCAAAGCAAGGGGGUUGUUGCUCCCUCUUCGCCAUCAUCGCAGGCGUUAUCUGUCUUGCCCGUAACCUUGGACGCAUCAGUUUCCGUAUCGGCAUCUCCUGUUUCUAAUUCCUCUCCCUCUUCGCUGUUGGAGCAAACUUCAAGCCUUUAUCCUCCUCCUGAUGCAAUAGUAUCGGAGACAGCCACUGAGACAGCCGAUUAUGCGGUUCCUUCGACCGAAACAGAGUCAUUGGACCAUAGGACUUCAUCCACUCUGUCAACUCUCGAGGCAGAAGUUGGGACAAAUGGCAACAAUUAUCAGGUGCGCCCGGCCAUCUCAUAUGCAGGUUUAAUUAUUCAAGUUCUUAUUGAGUCCACAAAGAUCAAGCUGACCCUCUCUGAAAUAUACUCUGCGAUCAUGAAUAAUCAUCCCUAUUAUCGCCACGCUCCAAAUGGAUGGCAGAACUCAGUUCGCAACAGUCUUUCGUUGAACAAGGCAUUCCUAAAGGUAGAUCGAACCCCAGAAGAACCUGGUCAUGGCUGUUUCUGGGCUUUAAGGCCUGACAUCCGUGAGUCGAAUGAACAAGCGCUACACAGGAAG